CCGGCUGGCCCAAACUCAGCUCGCUGCAGUAAGAGAGAGAGACUAGAUGUGACUGUAAUGCUGCAGGAAUGUUAGCGUGAAAUGUUAUGGUGCUAUUUUGGAGAGGCUGCCAUAAAUUAGGAGUAUUUAGUGGUUUUUCCCUACACAAAUACAAGUAGCACCAUGGGCCAGCUGAUCUCAUCAGAAGAAGAACAUUCUCAUGUGAAGGAUACCAUUGGCUCUAUCCUCUACGAUGCCAUGAAGGAAGGUGGUGCUGUACCUGACCUCGGAGUUGUCCACCCUGUCCUCCUAGCCAAUCGCGAUGAGAAGUUUGACUCCAAAACCAGCCUCCAGGAGCAACUGCAACAGCUGCAGGGCGACAUUGGGAACAGGGCGCCCACCUACCUGAGGGAUCUGAUUGGCCGACUGAUGACCUUCGCAGAUGAGCCACGCCUGGCAGGCUUGGUGGGAUUAGUGGUUACUAUGGUGAUGGAUAUGGCUUACACGUCAUCAAAACGGUCAUCAGGGGUGAGAGGGAAGUCAGCGGGGUCAUCAUCAUGCCAGCAGAGAGUCUGGGAACUGCAGGAGGUGAUGGAGGAGUACCUGAAGCGCUGUAGGAUCAACCUGAAUGACAAAGGCAGGCUGAUCCAGGACUCUGUCAGACUUGAGGCCCAGCUGAGCCUCAUCCUCACUCAGCUGAAGACCUGUAUGCUUGGGGGAGACUGUGAUUCCAGGUCUCUGAGGCACUGGGCCAGUGGAGCAGCAUUUCACACCCAGAUGUUGGUUCACCUGGCUGGUCUUGAGGGUCAAGUCGAGCCCCUUGCUGCAAGGGCUGCACUGGAGCAAUACAAGGAAGACCUCACACAGAUCAUACCUGCUUACAGGCGAUAUAAGUCUAAUACAGUGUGCGUUGUGAAAUGUCGUGGGGGUCUUGUGGCAUCAUGUGACCCCUCCAAUGAGGUGCCAGAGGAGGGAUCCAUGACGGGGCUCACUGUGAUAGACAGAGAGACAGGAAAGAGCGUGACCCUCCCUCUGUCCACCCUGGAGACAGAGACAGGGAGAAGAAGUAAAUUCUCUGGGCUUGAUAACACCCUCUGGUCCUCCUCCAUUAACCUGGACCUGAUCACCUCAGAUCAGUACAUCCAGGCAUACCUGGGACAUCUGUUCUCUUGUAAGGGACCUGUGGCAGAGCUGGAGAACUACUUUACCAGCGUUAGUGACAAUCUGCGAACGCUAAGAACUCAACCAGGAUGUACAAACAAGACAAGGGUGAGAAGUGGGUUAGAACAAAGUGACGGAGUGCAUCUUAAAAACCGGGCAGAAGGAAUAAAUGUAGAGCAAAGAGUGGACAAGGGCAAAGGUGAGAAACAGGACAUGAUGGAAAGGAGAGGAAGACAAGAAGAGACGGAGGAACGCAAUCAAAGAGAUGAGAGUUUGAAACUGAGUAUUGUCGAGACGCAGCCGGAGGAAAGCUUUGAUCCCAGUCUUUACAGUGCAUCAAGUACAUGAAGGCAACAAUCGGACAGCUGCCAUAUCAUAAGAUGUCAGGUCUCUACUGAAGAGAAACAUAAAGUCUAACUGAAACAUGAACAAUUUUAACAGUCUUGUUUGUUAUUUAUUCUGCAGUACUACAGUACAUACCUCAAAAGUGGUAUCAACCAUAGCCAAAUAUGAACCCAAAUUAAAGGUAAUUUCCACCAUAAACUGACACGACAUUAAUAACAAUUACUCCACAAGACAUAAGAAAAGUGCUUGAUUGUCCACUAAACUAAA